GCGCAGCCCGGCAGGAGAAGGCCCGAGCCGGGGAGCAGCCCCGUCCGCCCGCCCGACCGCCCCUCGCUCGGUCAGCUGGCCGGCCCUCGGCGCCGGAGGAGGAGGAGAAAGAUGAAGGCGGGCUGCAGCAUUGUGGAGAAGCCAGAAGGAGGAGGAGGCUAUCACUUCCCCGACUGGGCCUACAAGACCGAAUCCAGCCCUGGCUCCCGCCAGAUCCAGCUGUGGCACUUCAUUCUGGAGCUGCUGCAGAAGGAGGAGUUCCGCCAUGUCAUUGCCUGGCAGCAGGGCGAGUACGGGGAGUUUGUGAUCAAGGACCCCGACGAGGUGGCACGGCUGUGGGGCAGGAGGAAGUGCAAGCCCCAGAUGAACUAUGACAAGCUGAGCCGGGCCCUCAGAUACUAUUACAAUAAGAGGAUCCUUCACAAGACGAAGGGGAAGCGGUUCACUUACAAGUUUAACUUCAACAAACUGGUGAUGCCCAAUUACCCCUUCAUCAACAUCCGGCCAAAUGGUGUUGUUCCACAGAGUGCCCCUCCUGUCCCAACGGCUUCCUCCAGGUUCCAUUUCCCUCCGCUGGACAGCCACUCUCCCACUGAAGACCCCCAGCCAAGCCGCUUCUCAGCCCGCUCCCUGGUGCCGCCUGGCCAGGAGUCCAUGAACAACGGCAGCAUUGGCGAGAAGUCGUCUCCAGUGCCAGAGCUGGAUGGCAGCUCCCCAGACUGGCGGCAUGGGGUGGACCUCCUGCCCUCUCGCAACUCAGCCUCCGGUGCCGCUGGGGCUAGCCACCCCAAACGCAAGCCAGACCUGGUGCUUCCUCUCUUCAGCAGACCUGGGAUGUACCCUGACCCGCACAGUCCUUUCGCUGUCUCCCCACUCACAGCACGCGGAGGGGUCCUGAACGUCCCGAUUUCGCCCGCCUUGUCCCUGACGCCCACCCUCUUCUCGUACAGCCCCUCCCCAGGCAUGAGCCCCUUUCCCGGGAGCAGCUGCUUCUCCUUCAACCCUGACGAAAUGAAGCACUACCUCCAUUCGCAGGCGUGCUCUGUGUUCAACUACCACCUGAGCCCCAGAACUUUCCCUCGCUACCCAGGGCUGCUCUUCCCACCCACACAGCGACAGGUGCCUCCUGAGGACCAGCCCCCGUUUCCCAUCAAGCUCCAGCCCCCGCCUGUCGGGCGCAAGAAUCGUGAGAGGCCGGAGAGCGGUGGAGGGGCAGGGGCUUCUCAGGCGCCUGCCGUGUCUCCUCAGGUUAAGAUAGAGCCUGCUGUGGACAAGGAAGCUGAGAGCAGAGAUUCCCCAGGGAAGGACCAAGGGGGGAAGGAGGAGGAAGGGGCGAGCUCAGUGGCGGCUUCUCAAAGUCAGGAAGUGGGGGGAGCGCUGUUUGCGAGGCCUGUGGCCCCAUCCUGGCCUGUGGCGCUGCCAGCACCUGCCCCAGCCAAUAGGCCAGCUGGAGAAAAGCCCAAGCCGGAGGAAGGAGGGGGCACGAGAAGCCCCCAGGAGCCUGCGGGGGACCUGAGCGCUCAGGGAAAGCGGGAAGACGCUGCGAUGCCUCCCAAGCUGCGCCUCAAGCGCCGCUGGCACGACGACCAGCAGUUGGACCUCCUCGAGGACAGGCAGGGCAGGAAGCCCCACUGGGGGGACAGUCACCUGAAUGCCCCACCCAGCCUGGUGCCCCCCAAGGCCGUGGCAGCCACAGCGGCAGCAGAUGCUUAGGCCAGCAGGGGCCCAGGGCUGGGGGGUUGCCGGGGCUCUGAUGUAGCAAGGUUGCCUAGCAGCAGGGGGCGGGGGGGGGAGGAGGAGGGGACUAGAGGGCUUUGGACGGGCGGGUUUGCUCUUUGCGUGUUUUGUCGGCGGACAGGCCCAGUUCGCCACGUUUGGGGCAGGGGAUGGGGAAGGGGGUGCCCAGUUGAAUUGUGCCUCUUCGUUGUGGGAUGCUGUGUGGCAGUUUCUUCCCGGUCUGCCUCUGGAGUUCCCACCGAAGUGAGUGGGCCCUCCUCAGUCGCUUUUGUUCUGUACUGUUCCUAGAAGCCAGAAGCUGUCUGAAUGUAUAUAGUUCUUUUCCACGGAGUCGGGGGGCACCAGAGGAGGACUUCGAAACUGGAAUGUGUCCUGUGUCAAAAUAGGAAGACGCUUUAUUUGGGUGGGGGUUACUGGGACAUUGCACUGUCUUUACCUUUUAAAAGCCGAGAUUGCAGGAAAACGGCACAAAACUCCCAAGGCGCCACCAGCGGCAGGGGCAGGGUGGCUAGAGGGUCUGGGGGCCCUGCCUGCUUUGUGGCUGGUGGUCGGCCUUUGCAGCCUGUGCUUUACUUCUAGAACGGGGGUGGGGGUGGGGGGCAGGAAUGACCUUGUGGUCACACUUCAAACAGCCUUCUUGAAAUCUUGGAGAAGCCAUGAUGAGCGGUUGCAAAAUCUUUUCAGGGAAGAGAAAGGAAUGUGGGUGUGAAACAAACCCAAAUGCCUUUAAUCAGAGCCGUCCUCCUCUUCCUUCUUGUUCUCUCAGAUGAGGAUUUGGGAAGCGAGCGGAUGGGGUGGGCAGAGAGGACUGAAUGUUGGGCCCUGGGGGGGCUCCCUGCUUGUUGUGCUCCCGCUUGGUAUUGUGGGUCUUGGCUUGCCUCUCUGUGUGUUGAGAGACCAGCUGUGGGGAGGGGCUGAAAGAGGCGAGGGGGUGGGUUCCUGGGUUGGGGGAGGGCGCCCCUUUCACAUCUGAGCGUGCUGGAAGGGGGAGAGUGUGGGGUAGCAAAGCCGCAUGCUGGUCCUUGCGAGAGCGGGCACUGGGAGCGUUGUGUGGGGCUGCUCUGGGAAGAGGCCUUGGGCCCUGCCCCUCUGGCAGAGGUUGCUCUUGGCUUGGGGGCUCCAAGAGGAACGCGGGAAGAGCGUGUGCCUUGUCUUGUCCUGCCACACAAAAGCCGCUGUGGCUUCCUUUGGGGAAUAGGGCUUAAUGGCCCUAGGGUGAGCUAAAGACUGGGCCGUGUCCGAGUUGGUGGCGUUUCCUGGCAAGAAGCCUGCCAGAUGCUUCCCAGGUAAAGAAGUGGGAACGCGCCUCCUGGGGUGGACACAGGCUGCUCUUCCUCCUCCCCGCGCUGCUGUGGGGGGUCUGCUGUGCUUAGCAGGUGGUUCCAGACCAGGAGGAGUUGGGUGAUGUCCUGGCUGGCCAGCCAUUUCGCUGUCUUGAGGUUCCUCUUCAGCAAGGACGUAAAGAAAGCAGUGGAAAGAGCUCUGUAACGGUGGCUGCUUGCUAAAUAAAAUGCUCCGGCUGUGUUUGGGAAGGGGAAGUAUGUGAAAUGUGCAGGGGCUGCUAGUUGUAGAAUCAGCGUGCAGUUGUCGUGCCAGGGGUGUGUGUGUGUGUGUGUGUGGGAUGGCUUGCCCGGCACCCCAGGGCCUCUUCCGUCUCGGCCUUUAGCCACCAACCUCCACGCACCAUGGCCUUACUUGCCUCUCUGGUUGGGAGGCAGGGAGUGGGGUGCCUGCCCGUUGUACUGAGGCAGGCGCUUUCCCAAAGUGGAAGGAGGCUGGUGGGGGGGGGGUCCUCUGACUCAGGAAUUGAAACACGAGGCCUUUACAGAUCAGUCCCUGCAACUCUUGCUGUCCAUCAAACCCAAGUGCCAGAGCUGAUGGGGGGAGGGGGGCUCCUGAUUCAUUUGGAGAGAGCGGGGGUGGGGGUGGGUGGGCAGCACCCUCUUCCCUUUCUGGAAAGGAUUGCUUCUUCCUUGGGAACAAUUGUGGUUGGUUUGGUUGGGUUUUUCUUUGGUCUCGGCCCUUAUCAAAUAGCCAUUGCACUGCAACGUGAGAAUUCCUCGUUCAGGGAUAAAGGGACUCAGGUUCUUAGGGCAACGGGCCAGGAGCCAGGGGAGCAUCGAAGAAGCUGCGUUCUGGGCGGGCGGCGGGUGCCCCGGACAUGGCUCUGCUUUCCCCCCAUCUGGCUCCGGGAGCCGCCUGUUGCUUUGCAGAGGGUGAGAGGCCCUCUUCCCAACCGAAAACGAAGUGGGCAUGCAACACUUCACAAAGGGUCUGUUCCUUGUGCCAAAUAUUUUAAGCCGGUGGCAUGGGAGUAUUUGAAAUUCCACCUGUCGAGAGCAUAAUUCACAUUGUACACUUACUUGAUUUGCUAGCCAUAGAAAAUGUCUGGAAAUAAAAACUUGGAAGGCGAACUGACCCAGUGGGGUGCUGUGCGGCGUGUUGGGGGGAGAGGAGGAGAACUCUGCCCAUUGCCAGUGAGGGAAAGGCCUGGGAAACGGCCCCUUCGGUCUCAGGUGAGCUUCCUGAGCCUUCCCUAAAGAGUGGGCAGGUGGGGCCUUGCAGGGGGGCGAGGGGGCUGGGGCUGGCUCCUCCCUUGCCGUGCUUCCAGCUCGGGCUCAGAGGCCCCUUGCCAGAGGGCAGGCCCAGGCUUCAGCCUGGCGCCCUGGCUGGAAAGGGUUCUUGCUUGCACGGCAGGACGGCCGUUGCUCAGCACGUGGCUUCCUGUCACUUGUGCAUGCCAAAGAGGGGGGGGCGGCUGGGGUCCACUCAAGCCAUGGCGCCCCCUUCUGCCCCCCCUCACUUGCCCCACGAUGUGCAAACUCGGGUUGCGCUGUAAGAAGGGCGGUGGGGUAUGUUAAAGGGUUUGGCCUGCUUUGCUUUUGGAAAAUGAAAUUCUUUUUCUUUGGGUCUUACGGAUCCCGGUGGAUUUUAACAAGAGCGAUUUCUUUGGUUUGGAAUACUUUCAAUUAGAUUUUUUAAUUGUUCGAUUUUAGAGUGUUAAAGUGACAAAGUAUUUACUGAAUUUUCUUAAUCACUUUUCAUGAGACACGGUCCUGUCUUUAUGAUGCUUUGACUCAGCAGGGACUGCACACCUGAGUGACGGCUCUUAGCUGGAGGUAUUUGUCUAUGUAAAGCAGGAUUAAAAUUGUGUGUAAAAAAGGAAGUAGUCCUCAUGCUUUUGUGCAGUGCCUUUAGACGUUCCACUUUCUAUAAAGUCUUCAAAAAAGUUUGCAUAUAUAUUAUAUAUAUAUGAUGUAAUGUUAUAGAGAUAUAUGUAUAAUAUACAUAUUUUUCCAGGGGUAUCUGAUAGCUCUGUAUUUUGUUAUGAAAGUUGAUAUGAAAAGUAUUUUACCUCAAAUUAAGAAGUUAAAUAAACCUUUUAAAUAAG